AUGGGGGACCAGGAUCAGUUAGCAAUACAAUUAGCACAAAAAAUAGUAGCUCCUAUUUUAUGGAGCACCCAACAAGAUUUCUUCAUUCAAGAUUAUCAUAAAGACUACUAUGACGAAGUAGUGAACCUUAUAAAGCAUCAUUACUUUCGAAAUGAACCGAUGUGCAGAUCCAAGCGACUUUUGCAAGAUCCUGUAUCGGUAAACGGUUACUUAGAAUUAAUUAAUUUCUGGUUAAAAGACGAAACGAGUAUCAUAGCCUUGAGCGCUAAGUCUCAUCGCGUCGUUGGAGUUGCAAUAACGAAACCAAACUAUCUAGCAGAACGAUCUGAUAUUUAUAGUCGUGAGCAGCUGUACGAAGGAGAGGCACUUGCAGCAAUUAAUCAUUUAAAAUGCGGGGUGAUAAAACAAUCAAAUUUUUUCCACUCCAAGGGUAUCAGUGAAUUUCUUCGAAUUUAUCUUUUAUGCGUGCACCCGUCUUACAAGGCAAAAGGCGUAGGUGUUGAGUUACUGGAAACUUGCAAAGAGCUUGCUCUAUUCUUAAAUUUUCCAUUUAUCAGUGGUAUUUUAACAUCCCAUGAGCAUCGAAUGUAUGCAGAUAAUGCAGGUUACAAACUGCAUUCCGAAAUACCAUACAAAAACUGGAUGAUCGAUAAUCAAAUUGUAUUUGACGAUCCUGGCAUCGGUAACUACUCUGCUGCUUUUAUGAUAAAAAGUACUUCAAAUGAUAAGCCCAACAUGAAGAAUUUUUAACAAAACUAUUUGAGAAAAAAUCAUGGAGAGUUUUUAGUUCAUACGCACAUGAAAAUUGGUUUACACCCCAAGAACGACUUUUGUAAAUACCUAACAAUUUUUUAUUGUCGAAAACUGAAAUAUAGUGAGCGUAGAAUUUUUCAAUUUUAAAAAUCUAGAAUGAGAACUUUUUUCAAUAAAAAACUCGCGUUAGUAAAAGUGAUGAUAGUUUUGUAUAGUUACAUUACAAUUACACUGUAUUUGGAGUAAAAACCAAGUUUUUUUGUGUGUACUUGUAUGAUAAUCUAUAAACGGCCCGGGGAUGCGAUUUUGACAUACAUCUUUGAGCUAUUACCAUGUCUCUAUAAAAGCUAAAAAAUGAUGAAAAUGACUAUAUCUUAUUUUUAUGAGAGUGCUCUUACGAAUGGUAGUUGUAGUAAAUUUUUUCAUAGUACUGUAUGCAACAGGCGUGGAUAGGGCUUUUUACAAAACGAAGGGUUACAGAAAAAACAUAAUUACACAAGUUCCACACUAUAUUUUAUCGCACAAGAGCCUAAAUUAGUGAUUAAGAGGCAAUUUUAAGGUAAAAAUGUUAUAUAAAUUAAAAAAUUACCAACAAAAAUUUCAAAUUCAC